AUGGCUGCCCAUGGCUGCCCCUUCAUUGUGUUUCAGAAGCUUGUGAUGGAGCUCACAGGACUGACAGCUAUUUCAACAAGAGCCUAUCCCCCACCUCUACUCCCCCCUCCUCCGCCGAGCACCACGACCGCCCCCUGGCGGCCAGGGGCAGGUCACCUCUCGGGACCGCCCGAGGGCGACCGUGCGCGGCCAGAGCCCUGGGCACCCAGUUGGGACACAGCCCCGACCCCCGGGCCCGCGCCCUGGGGGUUCCCGGAGCCGCGGCCGAAGCAGGGCCUUGGGCGCCGCGGGUUGGACAGUGAGCUUGCUUCGGAAAGAUAUGUGUCUGUACACUCCCACCCUGCACGACAGGAAGAGGAAUAUUACCAGUCUGAAGCUGAGGGGAUCCUGGAAUGCCACAAAUGCAGAUACUUGUGCUCGGGGAGAGCCUGCUGCCAGAUGUUGGAGGUUCUGCUGAACUUGUUGAUCUUGGCCUGCAGCUCUAUCUCUUACAAUUCCACAGGGGGCUACACGGGCAUCACCAGCCUGGGGGGGAUUUACUACUACCAGUAUGGAGGGGCUUACAGUGGCUUCAAUGGUGCUGAUGGGGAGAAAGCCCAGCAGCUGGAUGUGCAGUUCUAUCAGCUCAAGCUGCCCACAGUUACUGCAGCAAUGGCCUACAGCGGAGCCCUCAUGACCUUCUCCUGUCUCCUCAUCCUCGGGGGUGUCCUGCGGGUCCCAUGGCACUGUCCACUGUGUCUGGUGAUCGAGGGCUUGAUAGAUGCGCUCAUCGCUGGGGCAUACAUCCCAGCCUUGUACUUCUUCUUCCAACACCUCUCUGCCGCCUAUAGCUCAGACGUGUGUAAGGAGAGGGAGGCCCUGUACCAGAGCAAAGGGUACAGUGGCUUCAACUGUGGUGUCCAUGGGGGAGACAUAGGAGCAGGAGUUUUUGCAGCCAUGGGCAUUGUGGUCUUCACCAUGGGAGCUGUCCUGGCCUUUAGGGGUUACCGAAAAGUCAAGAAGCUGAAGGAGAAGCCCACAGAAAUGAUUGAGUUUUAG